GAAGUUCCGCGUUUGUUGUCCAUGUUUGUGUUCUGGACGAGAGGAGAGACACACGGAGUCUCAGCAGCCGACUGACCAAAAGAAAAGUGUGUUUUUCUUGCGUCCAGGCGUCUGUUCGCAACCGCAAGGGCAGAAAUCUGUUUAGAGCAGGAAGUGUGCGGGAUGAAGGCGUUUUUGCUGUGUCUGGUGGUGUUUUGCUGCUUUAGCGGCUCUUUAGGUGAUACACCAGCUAACUGUACUUAUGAAGAGCUGCUGGGAACCUGGAUCUUUCAGAUCUCUAAUGUGGGACAAGAGAAAACCAUCGACUGCUCCACUGCUGGUCCGACAGUGAAGUCGGUGACUGUGCAUUUACAGAAAUUAUCUCAGGCUGUUGAUGAUCUUGGAAAUACUGGUUUCUUCACCAUCAUCUACAACCAGGGCUUUGAGGUGGUUCUCAAUGACUACAAGUGGUUCGGCUUCUUCAAGUAUUCCCAGGAAGGCUCCGUGGUCAAGAGUUACUGUGAUCAGACACUUCCUGGCUGGGUUCAUGAUGUUCUGGGGAACAACUGGGCCUGUUUCACUGGGAAGAAAGUUCAGCGUCUGGCUCCCAAAACCUCCUUCAUCCCUCCACCUAAUCCGUUCCUGCAGCUUUAUAAACAUGAUGCGAGCUUCGUGGAGCGCAUUAACUCUGUACAGAGCUCAUGGAAAGCCGCAGCAUACAGGGAGCACGAGAUCUUCACCAUCCAGGAGUUGACACGAAGAGCCGGAGGACACAAGUCCCACUUCCCACGACGUGUAAACUCUGCCCCCGUCACCCCAGAGCUUCUCAAGAUGGCUGCCGGUCUGCCAGAGCAGUGGGACUGGAGGAAUGUGAACGGAGUUAAUUACGUCAGUCCAGUACGCAAUCAAGAGUCAUGUGGUAGCUGCUACUCAUUUGCGACGAUGGGGAUGCUGGAGUCACGAAUCAGAGUCCAGUCCAACAACACAGAACAGCCAAUCUUCAGCCCUCAGCAGGUCGUCUCCUGCUCACAGUAUUCACAAGGUUGUGACGGCGGUUUCCCGUACCUGAUCGGUAAAUACGUGCAGGACUUCGGCAUCGUCGAGGAGAAGUGCUUCCCUUACGCCGGCAAAGAUUCUCCCUGCUCCGUGUCUGCUGACUGUCCUCGCCAUUACGUCUCCGACUACCACUACGUCGGCGGCUUCUACGGCGGGUGUAACGAGGCGGCCAUGAUGAUCGAGCUGGUGAGGGAUGGCCCGAUGGGCGUGGCCUUUGAGGUUUACCCCGACUUCAUGCAUUACAAAGAGGGCAUUUAUCAUCAUACAGGCCUACGGGACUCAAUCAACCCUUUUGAGCUGACCAAUCACGCGGUGCUGCUGGUGGGCUACGGGCGGAGCCAGGACACGGGUGAGAAGUACUGGAUCGUGAAGAACAGCUGGGGAACCAGCUGGGGAGAAGACGGCUACUUCCGCAUCCGGCGCGGGACCGACGAGUGCGCUAUAGAGAGCAUCGCCAUGGCAGCCAAGCCCAUUGCUCAGCUGUGAGGUCGUUUCCUGUUUGGUUUGGCUAUGAAGAAUGUCCGUGUUUCUCUGCUGUUGCUAGUAUGAUUCUUUGUAAAAGACAAGUUUUUUUUGCUUGGUUUUUAAAAAAGUAAUUUUACAAAAAAGUAAGCUUGCUGUAGCUCUGAAGGCAGUGAUCCGACAUGGUUGUGUCCCAAAUCAUGCCUUUUUACUGUUUACUAGUCUACCAGUGCAACGUGUGCUGAAUAGCAUAGAAAUUCAAACAUCCACCACUAUGAUAUCAGAAGGCAUUUGGGAUUAUGGUCAUGAGGUAAAAACAUGGUGACGCCCUCAAGAACAUCAGCAGUAAUUUUAAAAUUCAAUGUUUAUUGCUAACCAGUCAAAUGUUUAAUUCUAGACUAGAAUGAAAUUUUUAUAGAUCCUGUCACCCACUUCACUGUGGUGCCUUUCAAUAGUCAGGAUGGAUCUGCUUUCCUGGAAAAGGGAUUUGUUUUGUAUUUUUUCCUCACUUGCACAAUAGCAAAAGCUGCUAGCACACAUUCAGCAUUCAUGGCUCCGUCCCAAUCGUGUUUCCUCACUUCACCCUAAUAAUUGACACUUGUUUCUUUAGCAGAUUUAAAUGGUGGUAAAAAGGGAAGCAGUGUUUUUUUUGGCCAGUGUUCUCAGGUGAUGCAAACAAAUUGAUUCUCACACACAUCGUAUUAUAGUUCCAUUGUUACCUUUAAAAAAUCAUUUAAAAAUCUUCAGCAGUUGAAAUUUUUUUUUUUUUUUAAUCUGAUCAAUUUUAUAAUCAUUUUGUACAAUAAAAGCUGGUUUUUAAAGAUUA